UCAUAGUUACCCUUUGAAUAUUGCUGUCCAUCCUUGAUUAAAUCUACAUGUAGCUAACUAGGUCCUUUAUUAGCAAGCUUCUUCUCUGUGCCAAGCAAAGAAUUGCCAGUAUUAUAGCUGGAUAUUUACAAUUGCCAUACAGAGAGAGUUAUAACUUGUUCACAGUCUAAACCAGGAGAUGUAUUUUCCAGUGGGUUGGCCCACUGUGCUGAAGUCUAAUGGUGCUACCGGUGGACAACCAGUCAAGUUGUUGAGGCAUCGGACAAAGGACUAUGUUGUUGAAGUGAGGGAACAGUCCGUGGCUUUCUGGCAGAGUCGACUGUGUGUACUGGCAGCCUCGUAUGUGCGAGGGGAGGAGUGUGUCACUAAGCAUGGGCCCACUUGUGAGGCUUCCAUCAGACCAGACGGAUCCAUGGUUGUCAUUGCUACCACCAAAGGUCACCUGUUGUUCCUGAGGGUUCAGUACGAGCAGUUCUCACCUGACCAGCAGACACACUACUCCACCAGAGAGCAUGGCAUCCUUCUACACCAUGGUGCUCAGCCCUCCAGUGAGGGACGGUCCUUCGAGGCGGUCACUAUCUCCUUCAUCACUGAGACAGCUGUCGUAGGGGGAAUCACCAGUUUGGUGAAUGUGAGUGGUGGGCUGGUGGUUGCCACGGGUUACGGGAUGCUACACAGAGUCAGCUGGGACGGGAGAUUCGAUGGCUCCCUCCAGAUCAACCUCAGUCUAGUGCCCUUCACCACAGACCUUCUGCCAGAGACCAGAGGGACCCCCCUGGGAGACAGCAGUCUCCAUGCCACCCAGCUGGCCUACUCCCUGGACAUGCAUGGUCUCUCAUUGGUCCUCUCUGAUGGGAGGGGCGUGUUCCUCACCUCACGCUCCUCUCGUCUGGAGCCUCAGGAAGUGGCAGCUGUCUCCAUCCCCAGCCUGACUGGAGCCACCUGUUCCGCUCUUAAUGGACGCUACAGACUGGUUGCUUUCGGAAAAGAAGAUGGCUCAGUGGAUGUGUACUCACUGGAUGAUAGCAAUGGCAGCUGGAGCAUCUCCCACUCACUCAAGUUCUCCAGAAGUCAGUUCCCAGAGACGGGACUCCAGCUGGGGAGUGUGGUGUGUGUGGAGUGGAGUGUGGGAGAUGGGAUGGUGGUGGGCGUGGCCUGGAGCAACGGAGGCCUCUCACUAUGGACCGUGUUCGGGUCUCUACUCCUUUGUUCCCAUGGCGACCAGCCCGGCACACCCUCUCCGCUUAACCCCCACUGCACUGUAUUACAAAGCAUUUGUUGGUCCUCUGACACGUAUCACUUGUGGAUGCUGGCCAAGACUGCCACUGAACACACCUCUAGCGAGAAACCGACCAAUCAGAGUGGAGUAUCCAAUAGCAACGGUGGUCAAGUGAUUGUCAUGGGGUUCAUGAAAAACGCUAUAGUGAACAACCCUAUCAGUGUUAACCACAGUCACCUGUUCCUCCUCGGCUCUGACAGACUCUGCCUGAAUCUGUGUAAGGUGACCACACCCACUCGCACUACAGGUGAGGCUAAAGGUCAAGCCACACCCGCUGGGACCAGUGCAGUGUCCUCUCCGCAAUGGAGGGUGGUCCAGUACCCCUCCAGCUACAUGGCUCUCAACUGGCCAAUCAAGUAUGCAGCUGUGAAUGCUGCUGGCAGUAACCUGGUGAUAGCGGGGAGAGCGGGGUUUGCUCUCUACUCUGGAUCACGACGUAAAUGGAAGUUAUUUGGUAACGAGGUUCAAGAACAGAGUCUCGUGUGUCGAGGGGGCGUACUGUGGUACCAGGACAUUGUGGUGUUCCCGUGUCGAGUACAGGAGCACAGCGAGGAGGUUCGCUUCUACUCCCUCCAUUCUAACCUGGACAACUCUCAACUAUUGCACUCCCUCAAAUCAACCUCUCCCACUGUCAAAAUUAAUCUCCACGGCGACUGUCUCCUCUUAGCAUCACGUGACUGUCACAUGACCAUCAUGGGUCUCAGCUUGACCACGGUUCCUACUCAAGGGCUGGUUCUUAACGUGACCAAGCUGCGUGAGGUGUCUCUGGCCAAGUCCCUCCCCAUACCCUGGGCCACCACCCUCGUCUCCAUGACACUCUCCAACAUCCGCACUGAUCCCUCCACACCCUCACACCCUCACACACCCUCUGGUGCAACUCAGAACUCAAAAAUAGGCACAGGUGCACACCCUCAGGGCGUAGUCGGCUCAGUACUCUUCAACGUGAGUGGCAGGCUGCUGAUGACUCAGCAGGAGACCUCCAGUGUGAUUACCAAAGAGAACAGCCCGGAUCAGAUUGUGGAGAAUCGUGUCACGUUCUCGUCCCCCGUGUGUCUGGCUGGCUCGGUGGAAGCUGUGUGGACUCCGCCCUACCACGCCCCCUCACACACACACCACCUCAUGGAGUCACUCUGGCUGGCCUGUGGAGCUGCUGGGAUUAAGGUGUGGCUUCCCCUGUACCCACGAGACGAGGGUCACCCGACGUUCCUGUCCAAGAGAAUCAUGCUCACACUUCCCAUCACAGUCUACCCUCAAGUUGUCCUGUUCUCUGAUGCUAUCAUGUUUGGGCUCUCCCACGAGACUGCCUUCACUGACUCCGCCCACCCCAGCAGACACGCCUUCCCCUUCGCCACCAUCGAGAGAACAACUCAUGUGUUCCUGCAUCAUAUUCUAAGGCAACUUCUGAGGAGAAAUCUUGGUAGCCACGCCCUCCAGAUGGCUCGGAGCUCCUCCCACCUACCCUACUUCCGUCACGUCCUGGAGCUCAUGCUGCAUGAGAUACUCGAGGAGGAGGCACCUCGCUCAAGAUCCAUGCCUGUACCAGACGCCCUCCUGCCGUGUGGGGUGGAGUUUAUCAAACAGUUCCCUGAGUUCCUGGAGACGGUGGGUCACUGUGCCCGCAAGACUGAGAUAGCCCUCUGGCAAUAUCUCUUUGCAGCUGUCGGCAGCCCCAGGGAUCUCUUUGAGCUGUGUAUGAGUGAUGGUCGACUGAGCACUGCGGCCACUUACCUCAUCAUUAUUCAGAACCUCGAGGCAGCAGCUGUCAGUAGACAACUGGCUACAAAGUUGUUGGACGCCUCACUGGACGCUAAUCAGUGGGAGCUGUGUACUGAUCUAGUACGCUUCCUCAAGACGAUAGCGUGCUUGUAUGCAGGAACUGGUGACACACUGGACAGCCCACUGAUGACCAUGGCAACCACCCCUCGGAAGACCCCCACCCCCACCCCCACACGUGUCACACUCCCCCCACUCUCCACUGAGGGUGGACCUACGCCCACCUCGGCCGGACCAGACCUGGACCGCUCGGCUAUGUCACUGACGAGGGAUCACCUGACCAGUGGGGGUGUGGCCAACAUGGUCAGUCUGAGCGGAGAGUAUAAGGACGCCUCAGGGAAGGUCAUACGAAGGCCUCAGUUUGUGAUGGAUGUAGAUUCUAAAGAGGACUUCUUUAUAGAGCUCAUCUUGUGUCGUCAUGCCCGCAAGCUGCUCACCUCGACCAGUCUCAGGGACCUGGGCAAGUUCACAGCACAGCUGGACUUCAACUUGAGUACCUGGCUGACUAAAGAGAGAUUACGUGCGGCCAGGAUCGAUGAUUUUGUGACCACUCUGAGAGAUGUCCACAAAGAAUUCCAAUGGCCACUCCCUCCCUUUGAUGACACGCACACGUUUUCACCUGCCUCAACAAUUAGGGGUCAAAGUCCAACGCCAAGCAGCUCGGCGCCAGACACGCCCACCAAGUCAAAUGACGUCACCCUGGGGAAUCACGAAGGGGAAGUCCCUCCUGCUGAAUCAACAAUAGAUAGCGAGGGCUUAGCAUCGUCACUAAAACGUGCCAAUCGUCCCCCUGACCUAGACCUCACCCCGGCUCACGCCAUUGCUAUCCUCAGAACUGCCUCUCAAGGACAAUCAACUAUAGACUCUCUGAGGGGGAAUUCCCUUAUUCAAGGGGCGGACCGAUCGGACUUUGACCCCACUCGAAGCUCCACACCCUCGAAGCGAUCCGGAAGCUUCCAGUCUGAACGUGUGUCUCUCAUCAUGAAACCUAACUCUUCGUCAGCAGAUCUCAAUACGGGGGCGGAGAACAGCUCUUUGGGUGACAUCAUGGAGGAGUCAGACUGGGAGCUCAAUUCAGUGGUGGCCAUGGCAACUGGUGAGAACAGGCCGCCUGUGAAAGGAUCAACACAAGCUGAAAAGGAAAUCAGAUAUUUUGCUGACGUGAUGCUGAGUGCGUGCUGUGUAGAGUGGGGCCUGGUGCUUGCUGUACUGUUAUUGGACGCCUCCCUCGUCAACAGGGUGGUCCAGGAGGUCAAAGUUCACCCAAGCGUGGAUGCAGCUGUCUUGUCCAGAGUGACUCAAGGCUACGAAGAGCUGUGUGACUGGGCUGAUAAUGAGUGCCCUGGCUACUCUCAGUUUCUAUUGUCCCUGAGCCCUUAUUUUGAGCAGCUGUCGCUGUUGGCACGGCAACACGACACCCUCUCAUCAACCACCUCCGAUCAUAAUACACCUUUGAACUCUUUGACCUUUAACGAGGACUCUUCCCUACCCCCCACAGAGACCCCCCACGAACAGAUAGACGGACUAUUACGGACCCCCCAAUCUAGCACUACUACAGAGUCUAAUUGUGUUCUAUCAUGACUGUACAAUUUAUUGUGUGUAUUUUGAUGUGUUGAAUGGAUUACGUUGUAUGUAUUAUAACUAACUUAUUUAUUGAUAAUUAUUAUAGUUUUUC